AUGGAUAAAGCAAUAAAAAGUCAACAAUAUAAAUAUUCAAAAAUAAAUACAAAUAAUAUAGAAGAUAUUCAGAUCCCAAGUAGUGAAUACAUAUUUUCUGAGAUUAUAGAUAACACAAAAGAUAGAGAAAUAUAUUUUAUCAAUAAAAAUGGAAAUGAAAAUAUUGAACCUUUAAAUAUGACUACUCUUAACGAAGCGCAAAAACAAACUAGUUCAAAAAAAAACAGUAUAAAUUUUGAAUCUUUAAACCAAAAUAUUUUUAGAAUCAAUGUAUUACCAAAUGAAAAUUGCAAAAAUUGUAAUGAUACGAGUAAAUGCAAAAGUUCUAAUCAAUUAGGAUGUAAUAGUAUGGAACAAAAGGAAAAUAGUAAUAUAAAAAAUCGAAAAAAAAAAAAUAUAAAAAAUUAUGAACAUGACAUAAACAAAAUUAAUCAAUCAGAUAGCUACAGUUAUGAAUCCGAUGAAAAUUAUAUAGAUGAUAUAAAUAAUAUUUUAAAAAUAAAAACUCAAAAAAUUGAAAACAAAAAUAGGUCUACAUAUAUAUCACAACAUAAAGAAAGAAUAAAAGAUAAAGUUAAAAAAAAAAAAAUAAAAUAUUUAAAAAAUAAUUUUUUAACAACAAAUAAAAAGUCAAAAGAAAAUAUAAAAAGAGCUAGUAUAGCCACUAUUAUGUUACAAAAUUUUUCAAAUAGUGACACAGAUGAAACUAGUGAUUGA